AGUGGCCAAUAGGAUAUUGCUACCAUCAGCUGUUCAGUCGCCAUUCUGGCCUUUGAAAAGGCGCCAAGAAUGGUGGAGUGUGUAUAUUUUACAGCCAAUGGAUAAAUUAAGUUGUUCGCCUGAAAAGUUAUCAGUGCCACAUAAAAAACAGUAAUCAUAACAGUGAAAAAAUACAAAAUGGCUAGUCUUGGUGAAAGAAUCGUUGUUCUGAUUGACAUGGACUGUUUUUUCUGCCAAGUGGAGGCAAAACUCCGACCUGAGCUCAAGGGAAAACCCCUUGCUGUCAUCCAGUUCAGCAGCUUCGGUCCCAGUUCCAUAAUAGCAGUUAACUACGAAGCUAGAGAUUACGGAGUGACACGACACAUGAAGGGCCCUGAAGCCAAGGAGAAAUGUCCGGACAUCGUUUUGGUAACUGUUCCACCGAUCAGAAACAAGCCUGAUACUGGCAGGUACAGAGCAGCAGGCAGAGAAGUGAUUGAUGUUCUAAAAAAACAGUGUUCAAUAAUCGAAAGAGCUAGUAUAGACGAGGCUUAUUUGGACAUAACGAGUCUAGUUGAGGAGCGAAUAAAGACUAUGGAAGGGCAAUCACCAGACAAAAUGAUCGAAGCCUUGUCGAAUACCUUCGUCGUGGGGUACUGCGAGGAGGACAGCAAUGAUGAGGAGAAGAGAGCAGAGGGUGUCAGGAGGUGGGUGAGUGAAGCCUUUGAUGAUUUGGGAGAUGUUCAAGCCAGGAAACUGGCCAUUGCUGGCAUGUUGGUUGACGAAAUCAGGGCUGAAAUCUGGUCACAGUGUGAAUAUCGAUGUUCAGCUGGCAUCUCGUACAAUAAAAUUCUAGCUAAACUGGCCUGUGGUCUUCACAAACCUAAUAAACAGACCAUUUUGCCCACUGCUGCUGUUGCUGGCCUCUACUCCUCCCUUCCGGUGAAAAAAGUCAGAAAUCUGGGGGGAAAAUUUGGGAAUAUUGUUAUGGAGUCUCUCGGUUGUAAUGUCAUGGCUGAUCUUCUGAAAUACUCCCUGCAGGAGCUUCAGAGACGUUUCGAUGAUAAGACUGGAUCGUGGUUAUUUAACAUAGCGAGAGGAAUCGAUAAUGAGCCGGUAACUAACAGACUCAUUUGCAAAUCAAUUGGAUCCAGCAAGAAUUUUCCUGGUAAAGCAGCUAUCACAAAGCUGGAGGAUUUGAAGAGGUGGGUGACCUGUCUUGCUGAAGAAAUGGUCGAACGGCUAGAGCAGGAUAGAGAGGAAAAUGAGAGACGUGCGACUCAUUUGAUCUUUAGUUAUCAGUGGUAUCAAGAUAAAAAGGUGGUUUGCCAGUCAAAGAGCUGCUCGUUGACUUCAUACAAAAUUGAGAGAAUCGUGAAUAUGUUUAUUGAUGUUAUCACAAAGGCAACGCAAAAGCCGAUUGCCUUUAUUGGAAUGUCAGCGGGCAAAUUCGUUGCUGUCAAAGGCAGUGGAAAUUUUGUGAACUUUUUCAAGAGUGGAGUAACAUCUGGGAAUCAAGCACAGGUCAAGACAGACGCCAUUAAGGAUCAAUUAAAAGUUUCAGAGGGUCCCUCACCAAAGCCAGUUGAGGUCACGAGUUCCGAUCUUCCCUGUAAAGAAGAGAAUUCUCUGGAUUCUCAUGCAAAUUUUGAGGAGUCAAAUAUGAAGACCUACAGCAGAAGAAGGGAGAGUGUCGAGCAGAAGGCAGAAGUGAAGAAGAGCUUUAGCAAAUCUUUCCCCUUCAAAGAGGAAAGGAACGACCAUGCCAAAAUUACUCUUCCUGCAGUUGCUGAUAAGAAACCCACCCUCUUGAUGAAUUUUGACAUUGCCAAGAGUCCGUUGAACAGUGAGGAUUUUAAGAAUUCUUUUUUUAUCAACAUCCUGAAAGACUCCGGUGGUGCAGUGGGACUGUCCCUGGAAUCGAAGCCUCUUAAAGAAUCUGCAAAUGUGAAAAGACUAGAGUCAAAUGCCUCUGAUAACUGUGACGUGGAGUCUCCAGAUUUAUUCGAUGAUUGUGAAGUUGAAGAAAAGCCUGGAUCCUGCAAUGAGCCUCCAUCCCCAAAUGCGAAGGAUCCAGAAAAUGUAAGAACAAAGGAAAGGGAGGACAACAGUGCUCUGGCCAAACUCAAGGAUAUUUUUCCUGAUUUAAAUAACAUUGACAUGACAGUUUUACAAUUAUUACCCAUCCAACUGCAACAAGCAGCCCACGCCUACCUAAAAGUAUCCAAAGCUCCAAGUACCUCAACUAGUUUUAAUAAAAAUGAUUCGAAAAAUAUUUCCAAAACAAGAGCAACAAAAUCCAAGUCUACAACAGCUAAAGUUCCCUCUAAAAACAUCGGAAUGAUCAAGAAUUUUUUCGUCAAUAAUUCAUCAAAUGGUUCCAGCAAUUCUCCGAAGAAACACUGUCGCGAGUGCCAUCAGAUGAUCAAGGAGAUCAAGUUUCAAGAGCACUGUGAUUUUCAUGUCGCUGAAAAUUUGCAGAGGGUCAUCAAUAAUUCUUUCAAUACUGGAGGGACAAAUUCAACCGAGGAAAGUAGAUCUGCUAAUGUACAAUCUCCGAAUGCUAAACGAAAAAUCGACACGGAAAUUCCACAACCGAACAAAAAACCUCGAAACAUUCAGUCUUUCUUCACUUAAAUAAUAAAAUCGAAAAAAAUAAAAAUACAAAAAUUAUAUGGCCGCAAGAAUAGAGAGAAAUGUAUAGUAUAAUUUUUUUAGGCAGUAUCAUAAGUUUAUACCAAUGAAUAAAAAAUAUUGGAUCUCAGCUGCCGUCA